AUGAAGUCCAAGCUGGUGGUGUUGGUGUCGUCUGUGCUGUUGGGCCAGGUAUUGGCCGAAGAACGCCACCCCCUUGUUACAUCCCUUGGUGCUCUUCGCAUAUUGCAUUACAACAACCUUGGCCCUCAGAACAAUGGCACUUCGGCCGUUUUAGCACAUGAACCCUCGAGGUAUGCCGAUGCGACUGCAAAAUGCACCGCCAUUGGCGAGAAGCUCUUUCCGUGGUCUUGGAGGCAAAAUGACAGUCAAACCGAGCUCGGCUAUGAGCUAGAUUACCUCGUCUUUACGAAGGAGCUAGGAGCUGACGAUUACCUGUGGCUGUCAACAGAACAGGACUCCCACAAGAACUGCUUUGCUCUCUCGAUCUCCCAUCGCCAGAUUAUACCGAAGCAAUGUAGAGAGAAGCUACCGGCCCUCUGUACUUCAACUCCACCCGCAACAACCGAUCUCGACGCAGCCGCAAGAGAAAAUACGAAGCUAACUGUCACGUCCAAUGAUUAUACAUUCACCGGAUAUCGGGAUGCACGAUCCUUCCGCUUCCUGGGCGUGCCUUUUGCAAGUCCCCCAGUCGAGGACUUGCGCCUUGCCCCGCCCCAAGACUAUACAGGAGCGAAGAACAUCGAAGCGACCAGUAUGGGGGAUAUAUGCAUUCAAUCCCCCUCACCUCUUAGCAAGGUGUCUAUUGAUGGAAUGUCCGAGAACUGUCUUUACCUGAACGUCUUCACCCCAUUCCUCCCUCACGAUGACACAAAGAGCACUGUGCUCCGCCCCGUGGCUGUUUAUAUGUAUGGCGGUGCGUUCACAAACGGGGCUUCAUCUCUGAUUGAAUAUGACGGGGGAAACUUCGCCAGCCGCAGCGAUGUGAUCGUCGUCACGCUUAAUUAUCGCCUUGGAGCAUUGGGCUUUCUCUCGACGGGGAACCUGACAACCGGAAAUUACGGUAUUCAAGAUCAGAUCAUGGCUUUGAAAUGGGUUCAAGAACACAUUUCUGCCUUAGGAGGCGAUCCAUCCCGAGUCACUGUUUUUGGCCAGUCCUCUGGAGGCCAAAGUAUCGUAGCUCUGCUCUCUAGCACUGCAGCAAAGGGUCUCUUCUCCGGCGCGUUGGUGCAAUCAGCAAAUUUCGAUCUCCCAUGGUUCCCUCAUGAUCUUUACUCCAAAUACAUCGCCCCAGAAGUCUCAAACGCAGUUGGCUGUGAGGGUAAUGAUUCCGAAGAAAGUCUCGUCAAGUGCCUUCGUUCCGUCCCGGCUUCAAUGUAUCUCGAUAACUCAACCGAGUUCCAAAAUGCCACAAAGACCUUCUCAUCCAGCAUCGCAAAUUACUUCUACAACAGCACACAAGCAGCCGGUGCAGAUGAGCCAUUCAUGCCAAUGGUAGAUGAUACCGGAUCGGGUGUGAUCGACGGCCAGUUCCACGCCCUCCUAGCAAAUAAAAGCCUCCCUAUCAACGUCCCAACCAUGUUCACCACUGUGCGGGACGAAGCAAGCCUCUACAUGGGUGCUCUCAGCUUGAUAAAAGCCCCAUUUGCUACAAUUCUCAAUACCACAUUCGGCGAGACUCUUGCUCAGAAUAUCAUCGCCUCGGGUGCAUACAAUGUCAAUGAUUCGGACACCGGUGCCGUCCUCAACGCUGUUUCCGAUACCCUGACGCACAGUGAAUGGACUUGUCCACAGGGAUAUCUUCUCGAUAACUCUAAUUCCGCCUUCACUUCACUAUACGAAAUCCAAAUAACAGAUGGCCAUGCACAGACGGCAAACAUGCCGGAUAUCUGCUACCCGAAUAGUGUAUACAACGCUUCCUGUCAUACCUCGGAUAACCUGCCAGCGUGGGGUACCCUAAAUGCCAAGACGCAAGAUGUGAAACCGUACUACGAUGAUCGGGAUAUUCUUCACUCACAGCUUGUUCAUGAUGUAUUUGGUGCGUUUUUCCGCGACAGGAACCCGAAUCCGGAUUUGGAGUUCUUGAAGGUCCGUGGCCCUGCGUACGCAAGUACACUUUCUAUAUUUGGUGGGGAGGAUGGUUUUUCGAUUGAGCAGUAUACGGCCGAUGAGAGGAAAAUGACGCUUCUGGGGAUGCCGCCGUCUAGUACGGCCAAUGUUGAGAAGGAAGAAAUCUGUGCUGUGCUGCGUGAUUACGGGUUUACUUUCCAAAGAGCCCACCUUCAUGAUUGA